AUGUCUCUCACGGGUGAAGCUCUAGCCGGUGGGUCGCAUCUCACGUUAACCGCUACCAACUAUACCAACUAUACAAGUGCUUCGAAAAUCUUGUGGUCCCGAUACGGCAACAAACGAGAUCUCGCUCGUGUUCACCUAGAUUCUCUGCUUGCUACACAGAUAGUUAAAUCGAAUGAUGCUACCUCUAUUCAAGAGCAAAUUAACACAAUAUUAGAGAACACGGCUGCUUUGGACAACCUCGAUUUUGUAACCCGACAGUGGAUUCCUCUUCUGGUGCAUCUUUUUGAGAAGCAUUUAGAUUACGACUUACGUGCUCGGUGGGAAUUAGUCGUUGGGGAUAAUUAUUAUCCUCAAGUCUUUGAAUUUGUGGAUUUCUUGCGUAGCCAUCUGCGUUCUGCGGACAUCUAUUCCAGUUCUGUUUCAGUUAACCGACGAGAUGAUGUUUCAAAAUCCCAACGGUCCUUUAAGCAACAAAGUUUUAAACCUCGCUUGUCUGGUCCAUCCACAGUCUUAGCCGCAACGACCAGUAAUGUGUCUGAAAAACCUUGCCCACUAUGUAACUCACCCCAUUCGAUUAGAUCAUGUAAACUAUUUACUGAUCGGCCUCCGAGUGAAUGCUUUCUUAUUGCCAAAAGGCAUUGGUUGUGUAUAAAUUGUCUGGGGUCCGGGCAGCAUUUUAACAUACCCUACAUUGUUUCACAACCGGGCUUUCCUGAUUGGUUUAAUUUAAAUUCGCGCGCAUAA